CCGAAAAGAAAACCGAGAACAUAAGCCCGGAAAUCGUAGCCCAGUCCAAAGCAGCCCCGGCUAGUUCCCCCACCACCAUGUCCGCCGCCGGCGAAGCCUCCACCACGGUCCUCCGCUUCUUCUCCUUCAUCGGCGCCGGCGUGAUCUGCACCAAGGCCAUCAACAUGUAUCUCGACCACGAGCGCAAGCAGGAGGAGGCGUCCGCCGCGGCAGAAGCAGCAGCGGUCGCAGCCACUUCCGACUCCGCCGUGUUGGUAGCAGCCGACGCGUCUCCGGUGAGCGCCGUCGCCGUCGGGAAGCCCUGACCUCGGAGGUGGGGCCGUCUUUGCUGGUUAGGGUUCUCGCGAUGUUGGCUUGCCACUCGCGAAAGGGGGAAAAAAUAGUACCACUUAUUCUGUUUUAUGUAAUGUAUUGUGAUAACAUUAACCGAUGACCAUCCUUUUUUUACCAUGUGAAAUUGUGAAUGAUGCGAGCUUGAAUCCACCUGCUCAGCUGUGGCCUGAUGAAUAAUAAUACUCCUGUUACACUUUUGUUUGA